AUGGCCGGCGGCGCCAUCAAAUACCGCCACCUCUCCCGCUCCUCUGCCCAUCGACAAGCCCUCCUCCGCAACCUUGUAACGUCGCUCAUCACCCACGAAUCCAUCCAAACAACCUGGCACAAAGCAAAAGAGGCUCAGCGUCUGGCUGAGAAAGUAAUUUCCCUUGGGAAGAAGAAUACAGCAUCCUCCCGCGUCCGCGCUCAGCAGAUCCUCUUCACACCCUUCAAGCACCUGCCCAAACUCUUCGGCGAGCUGCGUGAGCGGUAUGCGGAGAGGCCAGGAGGCUAUACGAGAGUGUUGCAUAUCGAGCCGAUCAACCACCAUCAUGAUCAAGCUGCCAGCGCGAUAUUGGAGCUUGUGGAUGGGCCCCGCGACAUGCGGUUUGCGAUGACUGCUAAGAGCCUGGUCAGGGAACGGGCAGCGAGUGAAGAGAAUGCGGAGAAGGGCGUGAGGGAUAUUACGGCGAGGAAUGUGCAAAAGGUCACGAGGUUCAGGCCACAAGGAGAAGAAGAUCUGCAAAGGGAGGUGGAGAGGCUGGAAGAGCAGGAGAGGGGAGCGAAGGCACGUGAGAGGAGAAGAGAGCAGAAAAUGGAGGGGGCGAAGAAGGGGGCGGCAGAGAAAGAGAGGGAGAAAUUAGAAGAGACCGAGAUUGAGGAUGAUCCGAGCAUUAUGGGGAGGAAGAGGGACGGCUGGGAACGCUGGGAUGUGUAUGAGAAGGAACAGCGGGCGAGGAGACGGACGGUAUACAGACUAGGGGAGAUGAGGGAGGCGAAAGCGAAGCAGGAGAAACGUGUAAAUUAG